UGCAUUUGAAGGUGGUCACCAAGUAGAGCAUCACUGCUUCACCAUGACCUUGUGGACGCGCCUCCUGCCCCUGCUGGCCCUGCUGGCUCUCUGGGGAGCCGACCCUGCCCAGGCUUUUGUCAACCAACACCUUUGUGGCUCCCACCUGGUGGAAGCGCUUUACCUGGUGUGCGGGGAGCGCGGUUUCUUCUAUACGCCCAAGUCCCGUCGCGAGGUGGAAGACCCACAGGCGGGGCAGCUGGAGCUGGGCGGGGGCCCUGGGGCAGGAGGCCCGCAGUCCUUGGCGCUGGAACUGGCCCCACAGAAACGUGGCAUCGUGGACCAGUGCUGCACCAGCAUCUGCUCGCUCUACCAACUGGAGAACUACUGCAACUAG